AUGAAGAGGAGAAUCACCUAUGUCCAGCGCCCGGACGCGCCGUUCGAGCCACACCAAGCCAACCUCGCCUCAACCGGUCUCUCUAUCCGCGACCUGGAUGCCGCACGCGAGGACCGCAUCACAAUCGAACUCGACGACCUUCCGGAGGAGCUUCGGACCGUCCUUCAACAAUCUCGCGGGCUCCACCUCCGAUGGGCGACGGAACGGCCUUACGACGCUGUCGCGCCGUUCGCAAGUCGAGUGUCGCCUGGUCUCCACGUGCAUUUUACACCUGCCACACCAGAUCAACCUACGGAGGCAUUAUGCGAGGUGCUCCGCACGGUGUUUGGGACAAGUGAAGGGGAUCAAUACGGGGUGGACUGCUCGAAACCAGAGGACUCGUUCAUCACGCCCCCGCCCCUCUCGACGAAAUUCGGUGCUUCCACCUCCCUCCAAUUCUACACUCGUCUCCCCUCCCUACAAUCCCUCGUCGGGUUCAUCCGGCGCACGGCUUGCCAUCAGACUGAAGGCGGUAGCGCCGAGUGCCACGACCAUGCCGAUUCCUUGCUCUCGGCAGACUCCGUCGACAUCGACUAUGAUAACACAUCGCACACCUUGACUGUAUCGGGCCUGUGGGCCAGCUCGCCGGAGGGUGGCUGGACGGAAGAGAUUAAGAAGCCUGCCUCUAAAGCAGACCAAAUCGAAUUUGGUCUCUUGGGCGCGGAGAAGGGCAUUGAGCCCGAGGAGAUCAAGAUGGGCGGGAUAUUGGCAGUCGUUGGAAAGGACAAGAAAUUCAAGCCAACCAUGUUCUCAUUCCCCUCCCGCAAUCACCCCCUGUCCGAACCUGGGAGCUAUACAGUCUCGUUCCCUCCCCCAACUGGUCUUCAUCCGACCAUGUCGAUCUCAAUGCCCCGGUCUUCUCUCAAGCGACCCCCCGCGCCCCAAGACACAACCUGCGCAUUGCACACAUACCUCACGCUCCCCUCCACCGUAUUCGGAGACCAGUACCAGCUCGCGACAACCGACCCGCUCUUCCUCGAAUCGCACAACCUAGUCGGCCUACGCGCUUUCGCAGGUGAAACAGACCUCGAAGCCCCGGACUGGGUCGUGCAACGCUGGGGCUCAAACUGGCUCUUCGAGCUCGCGACUCCUUCCGAGGACUCGGUUGCUGUUACAUCCACUUCGUCUAACUGGACCGUCACCAUCCCGCUCCAUCUCCGGUACCUACAGCCCUCCGAAUCCGGCUAUCGAUCCACCCAUGUGCCCUGGCCGGUCGUCUUCUGGGCGUGCACUUCUGACGACGACACCAAGAUGGGCGUCAACCCGUUUGAACGCGCGAAUCUGGGCUGGGACGGGCUGUUUGGCCCGCGUACCUUGUUUUACCAGCUGCAUCCCUCGUCCGAUCGUCUCGUCGAGGAUCUGGAUGUGCCUGUGCUGCGCCUCCAGAGCGAUGGCCUGUUCCAGGCUCGGAAUAUCGAGCUGGGCACUUGUGCUGUCAUCGUGCUUGGGUUUUUGUGGGUACUGUGGCGGCUGGUUCGUGUUGCUUGGUCUUCGGGUGUGGGAUCAGGUGCUGCCCCGAGACGGGCUAAGGCCGUGCAUGAAAAGAAGCAAUGA